AUGCAGGCACCGCAGAGCUUUCUGAUGAGAAUUUUCUCUUUCUCCAUUCCACGGGCUGUGUUUCAACAACAAUCUCGAGGAGGACUGGCACCAGUUUUGGAGGACAACGUAGGAACCGGAAAGCAUUCAACAUUUUGCCUUCGUCGAAUGGACGACGGAAGAAUCAGCGCGUUGGCUGUUCGACUGACACUCAGAAGUUCGGAUGAAAUCUUGUGUGCCGAUCUGAAUGUGGUGGUCGGUGCGCGCUCCUCGAUGAAUUUUGAAAACAGAUGGGUCUUGAGAUCCGCUCUGAACUUCGCAAGUGAUGGAGAAGUAGUCAGAGAAUGUUUUUCAGUAUACGGUCAAAUUCAUUCCAUCGAUGCGUGUCAGAUGAUGGUCGGUGCAAUGGAGGUUCGUCCGUAG